CACACUUUCCUCCGAGACAUGAUGCUUCUUUUAAUUCUCUAUUAACUGUGCUCUUGUGCUCUUCUCUCAUCUCCAGAGUCUCCAAGAGAAUAAUAAAUGGGGAGCGAGUGCAAUCCAACAAGCAAACAGCGUUAUGACAUCACCAUGUCAAAAAGAACAAGAAAGCCAUUCAGUCUUCCACAACUCAAAGUACAUGCUCCGACAAAAGCUUCCCCAGAAAAGGAUCGAGCAACUGGAGACAGCGACCAUAGGAGUUUGAAGCAACUGAUGAUCAAUGGUAAGAUCAAUACAGAAGGAACUAAUAAUGAAGGGAACACAAGUGAUGAAAGUGAGAAUAGAGUCAGAAACUCGCUUGGACAGCACUUCUCAGAAGAAGAGAAGAAACAGCAGCAGCAGCUUCUACUGGUGAAGAAACAGAAGCAAGAACUUAUUCACGGAGCCAAGCUCAAAGGAGUAAUGGGUGGCUAUGUUAAAGUGUUGAGCCAUUUGAUCAAAGCCAAACGCAAUUCUUCUUCUUCUUCUACCCGUAGUAACACUGGAUCUCGGAAAAAGCCUGUCCUCCGGUUGGCCAUGUAAUGCAUUAUGAAAAUUCAUUACUAUAUGUUACAAGUAGUCUACAUUGUUGUUUCACUUCAUCUUCAAGAUUCUUGCUCAAAUGUCCACAAAAUGACGUUUUCUAAUAGGUUUGACAACAGCAACUGUAAGGAAUUGUUCAAAAACAUGUCAACUCAAUAGAAGAAAUUGUUCACG